AGCAGAGGGCCUGGUUUGGGAGAACGCCGCUCGUUUCCCAUUCUUCCUCUUACACAGACACACAACAUGGCGGUCUAGAGUGGUCGCCCGACGCGCCCGAGCGGACUAACAGUUGGGAUUAAGCCCCCAAAUAUGACCGGAAGAUACACUUUGAAGCGGCGAUACGUGAGGGCGGAUUGAGGCUUUUUAUCUGGAUUGCGAUUCGUUUUCUUGGAUUUAGCACGUCAAGUGACAGACAAGUGUUGGCGGCGUGUCCCAGAUCUCGCCUCCCUCCUCUGAUAUCACCAGGUCCCCCACCCCGCCGUCCCUCUCGGCUCCAGGGGUGUGGAGACAGGGGCCGGGCCGUGGCCGACAGCGUGGACCAGCAAGCGGGCCCACAUUCCUAUUUUCUUUGGCCUUUUCUCCCUUCAGAGCUUCCUCUGGGCGUUACUGGAGUCUGAAAACUGCUGUGCGAAUGAGUGACUGAGCUUAACUUCGUUUUUUUUCAGGGCAGAAUGGGUGCGUGUCCCUUGCUCCUGUUGCUAGGUCUCGCCCUCAGGGUCUCAACCCAAGAUCAUGUCCUGGUCACAAGUGCUCCAAAUAAUUCUGCAAAAUCAACCCAACCCCCCACGGCACCUGUCAUCAACAUCACAGUCGCCCCCACACUACCCCCCACAGUCCCACCCCCAACACUGCCCCUCGAAGCCACCCCAACGACAAUCACUACAGCGACAACAACAAUAGCAAGCCCGGCUGGUGCCGAGGAUGUCCAAGUUGAAGGUCCCAAUGCCACGAUAAGGUUGGCGCCAAUUCCUCCUCCCCAACCUCAAACUCCAACUCAUGGUCCUUUGCCAGCGCCCAACCCAGAGACUCCCGCUCCUACCACCUCAGUGGGAGGUGAGAAUGGGACGACGCCGCCCAUUCCAGACACCCCUACUCCCGAAACAUAUAUUGACGACGAUGACAUGACCAUGGAGACCGAGACCACUACAGACCAUGACAUGGAUUACACCUCAGAUGGUAGCCCGCAUGACAACAACCCCUCUGAUGACAUGCCAAUCAUAGCGGUGAUGGUGGCCCUUUCUUCCUUGUUGGUUAUUAUCUUCAUCAUCAUCAUCCUCUACAUGCUCAGGUUUAAAAAAUACAAGCAGGCAGGAAGCCACUCCAACUCCUUCCGAUUGACUAACGGAAGAUCAGAUGAUACAGAACUCCAGAGUGUGCCGCUAUUGGCCCGUUCACCCAGCACAAACAGGAAGUACCCACCCCUUCCUGUCGACAAGCUUGAGGAAGAAAUGAAUCGUCGCAUGGCUGAUGACAACAAGUUAUUCAGGGAGGAGUUUAAUGCUCUUCCAGUGUGUCCCAUUCAGGCAACAUGCGACGCCGCAUCCAAGGAAGAGAAUAAAGAAAAGAACAGAUAUGUCAACAUCCUGCCAUAUGAUCACUCCAGGGUGCAUCUUUCAUCUCUGGAAGGUGUUCCAGACUCGGACUUCAUCAAUGCCUCCUUUAUAAAUGGUUACCAGGAGAAGAAUAAGUUUGUUGCAGCUCAAGGACCGAAGGAGGAAACAGUAAAUGACUAUUGGCGGAUGAUCUGGGAGCAGAACACGGCCACCAUAGUGAUGGUGACCAAUCUGAAGGAGAGGAAAGAGUGUAAGUGUGCCCAGUACUGGCCGGACCAGGGCUGUUGGACAUACGGGAACAUCCGCGUUUCUGUGGAAGACACAAUGGUCCUUGUAGAUUACACCAUCCGCAAGUUUUGCAUCCAACAGGUUGGGGAUGUAUCGGGCAAAAAGCCUCAAAGGCUUGUCACUCAGUUCCACUUCACCAGCUGGCCGGAUUUUGGCGUUCCCUUCACCCCCAUUGGAAUGCUGAAGUUUCUCAAGAAAGUCAAAACGUACAACCCUCAAUACGCCGGACCCAUUGUGGUCCACUGUAGUGCGGGAGUAGGACGAACGGGUACGUUCAUUGUGAUCGAUGCCAUGUUGGACAUGAUGAACACCGAGAGGAAGGUGGACGUGUUCGGCUUUGUCACCAGGAUCAGAGCCCAGCGUUGUCAGAUGGUCCAGACUGAUAUGCAGUACGUGUUCAUCUUCCAAGCGUUGUUAGAGCACUAUUUGUACGGCGACACAGAGCUGGAGGUGACCUCUCUGGAGUCCCACCUGGCUAAACUGUACGCCCCUUCACCAGGAGCUGGUUGCAGUGGUUUGGAGGCAGAAUUCAAGAAACUGACAUCCAUCAAGAUCCAAAAUGACAAGAUGAGAACAGGCAAUCUGCCUGCUAACAUGAAGAAGAACAGAGUGCUACAGAUCAUUCCAUAUGAGUUCAACCGAGUGAUUAUUCCUGUCAAACGAGGGGAGGAGAACACGGACUACGUCAACGCGUCUUUCAUUGAUGGCUACCGGCAGAAAGACUCGUACAUGGCAAGCCAAGGCCCUCUGCAGCACACCAUUGAGGACUUCUGGAGGAUGAUCUGGGAAUGGAGAAGCUGCUCAAUAGUCAUGCUCACUGAGCUGGAGGAGAGAGGGCAGGAAAAGUGUGCUCAGUAUUGGCCCAGUGAUGGCGUCGUGGUCUACGGGGACAUCUCCAUUGAACUUAAAAGGGAGGAAGAGAGUGAGAGCUACACAGUGCGUGACCUCCUGGUUACCAACAACAGGGAGAACAAAGCGCGAGCAGUGCGUCAGUUUCAUUUCCACGGAUGGCCAGAAGUAGGCAUCCCCACUGACGGUAAAGGCAUGAUCAAUAUAAUAGCUGCAGUGCAGAAGCAGCAACAACAGUCCGGCAACCAUCCAAUCACAGUACACUGCAGUGCUGGUGCGGGACGGACAGGGACAUUCUGUGCAUUGAGCACGGUCCUGGAGAGGGUGAAGGCAGAAGGCAUUCUGGAUGUGUUCCAAACAGUCAAGAGCCUCAGAUUGCAGAGACCCCACAUGGUGCAGACACUGGAGCAGUACGAGUUCUGCUACAAAGUCGUCCAGGAGUAUAUUGAUGCCUUUUCUGACUAUGCCAAUUUCAAAUAGAGACCCACCAUUGGACGGAUGGCUCCACAUCAUACUAACACCACCACGUGCAUGCCCCAGAACACACUUGAAACAUGACUGUGCAGAAAGCUGCAUACCUCCGGCCGCAGGAUUGUUUUCCUUUUCGGUGACGCAUCACUUAUUGUUUGGUUCUGUGGAUGGGACAAACUGCCUGCUGGAAAAGGGAACCAAGAUUUCAGUCUGGAUUGGGAGGGGGCGGUGCAAUUUGGACAGAGAGGAAAGGACAUGCCUUCUUGAGUAUUUUGUAACAUUUUGUCGAUACGGGCCCUAAAUUGCUUACAUACGCAUAUUUACUGUGUUGCAUCGUUUAACUUCUACUUUUGGACACAGUUUUAAGUUUGGCUGCAUUUUUGGGUGGCACCUGUAAAGUAUUUUAUUGCUAUAUAUAUAUAAAAAAAUCUAUCUAAAUAUAAAACUAAUGCUUUGGAGAUUUAUGUUUUUUUUUAAACUCAUUAAUGACUGAAAAAAUGUAAACGCUUCUGAUUUGCCAGAGCCACGCUGUAGUAUCGUGCGGUGACAAAGGCUUAAAGCCAAACUCCGAGACUAUGAUAUAUGACACAGGCGGAUCAAUUUGUUCUCACAGAAUUAGUUAAGAUCAAUUUCAAGUCAAAUGCACAAUGGCAUCGGCAGCCUGGUGCAAUUUUUGGAGUACCGGUAAUUGUUUGCAUUUAUAACGCACAAGGGUGCAGGGGGGGUCACGGAGUCUUUUGUGUGCAGACAGCCAAAGGUUGUCUGUCACUUGCUUCUGCAGCUAAGAGUCCAAUCAUAUUAAGGCACUUGAGGAAAAAAAAAAAUCUUAAAGACCUCUGCUGAACUAUGGCAAUUUAUGGCAACGCCCACACACAAAAUGUUAAUUUAUUCAGUCUAAUAUUCCACAAACAUUUGCAGGAUCAUGUUUGGUAGAAUUUGCACGGAACCCUGACCUCAAACCAUCAAUACAUUUUGAGAAUAAAUGGAUCUGCCCCAGUCUUUCCAGGAGAGUGUCAAUUGUUUUUGCCUGUAAAAGGGAGCCCGACUCUGUAGAGUAUUUUCUUCCUUUUUUUUUUUAAAUUUCUGUAAGGUCAGCUGUCCCAAUUCUUUUGCCCACGCAUGUCAGAUAGAAGCGGCGCAUGCAUACAGCAGUAUUUCCUCAAACGUCGUGUUGAGCCUUUCUUGCUUUUCCUUUGAGCCUUUUUUUUUAAAUCUCUGCCAGACAUCCCAACGCUGUCCUGUCGCGAGUAAAAAGAAUGUCCAUUCAUUCCCACCGUCAACACCGAUGUUGAAGAAUGUCGCUUUUUAUUUGAAUGCUGUUUUGAACAAAAAUUGGGUUUUCCUUCAAUAGUUUUUUUUAAUGUUUUUAAAAAAAAUUGUGCUAUGCUGUGUUUACACGUUUCGGUGUGACUUCAGUGGCUGUUCUCCACGACACACACUUGAACUCCGACUACCAUUACAGAUGAGGUUAACCCCCUCUUGAUGACUGUGAUGAAAAUGAAUGAUGUCAGUUAAGGGGGUGAAGGCAGGGGGGGGGGGGUGUUCAAGGCAACCAUUAUCUUUGCUGGAACAAACCCAGGAAAUGAAGCUCAUCCUCACACACACACACACACACACUGGAAAAGCAAAACAAAAAAAGACAACAUCCACAUUUUUGACUUGCAAGGCAGCUUGGAUCACCACCUGCCACAUUACGAGUCUUUUUUUUUUUUCCCCCACUGGGCGAUUGCAGAAAAUGUGGAGAAAAUUCCAAUGUUAAUAGAACUCAAGAAAUUUCCGGUGCUUACUAAAAUUGUACGGACUGCUCCUCUUUUCGCUUUUUUUUUGUCACAGAAAUCAAUAGUUUUUGUGUCCUUAUAACACACAGACGGCAUUGAAAACAUAAUGUCAAAAUCUUCCUCGGCGUUUCUCAAGCUAUUGAGAUGUUUAAUGAUGACCCAAUCUCAGAAGAGAUUCACACGUGAACAUAAUUUGCGCCACACUGAUGUGACCCUUGUUUGCAGUGUACCAAAUAAUGACAAGUACAUUCAGCAAUUUUCGUGGUGAGCCAGGAAGCAGUUGGAGAUGUCAGAUUGUCUCAUGCACUAUUUGCACCAGAAGAAAAAGAAAAAAAAACGAAAUAAAGACCCACAUGAUGAUGAAAAUUGUGGGGAUUCAAAUCCCUUUUUUUUUAGUCUGUAAGCCUUCUAUUCAUCCUCUUUAGGGAUUUCAAGUAGCAAAUGUAUGACCAUCCACUGAAAUUGUAAUUUUUUGUGCAUUGUGCUAUUUCCACAUAACCUGUUCGCGACAUUUCUUUCUUUCCAUUUGUCACUUUUGUACAAGAAUUGGACACGCAUCUGAUUGUCUGUCAGUUUACGCUUCAUCGUCAUGGUCAUUGGUGGCGUUUGAAUCAUGAGACACUUCUUCACAUGACACUGUGCCAACUCAUGUAAACCACCGUUUUGCUUCAACAAAAGUGCCUCCUAUUAAUCCCCCCCCCAAAAAAAAAAAAAUAUUCCUGCCGAUAUGCGGUGAGGUUUCAAAUCGUUUGUUUUCUAGUUACAGACGCGAAAUGCGGAGGAUGCUUUUGAGAAAGAUGGAACCAAAGCAAAAUCAAGUCGUCUUUUCAUUGACGUGCUAACGUGUCACUUGCUGAUUGAAGUGGAAAGUGUUUGCCAUAUAUCGGGAAAUGACCCAACAUUUGCAAAAUAAGUCAUUCGUUUGGCCCCCACCCCGUGCGCAGCGGCUGCAACAAGCACCGAGGGAAACCAUUUUAUGGUUGCAAAAAAAAAAAAACUUUGUCUUCUCUCCACCUAAAUGUCGCCUUGAUGUCUCCAAGUGCACUCACUCGUCCCUUUUCCUCGCUGACGUUUACCUUGGACCAUCAUCGAACUGUUGUUCCGGGUUGAAUGAUUUCCCGACUUUGUACAUAAUGUAAGGUUAUUUAUAUUUCAUUCCUGUCUGCUGCCUUUAUUUUAUUUCUCCCCCCAACCCCCCUCCUUUGCUUUUUUCAGAAAAAAAAAGCUGUAUAUUGAAUUGUAAUGGGACCAUUUUGAAAUGUAUUGGAUGUUUUGUUUGCCAUUUUUUUAAUUGGUAUCAUUGUCUUAAGGUAAUCCAACUUUUUAUUUUGCCCAUGUUGGUUUCUAGUGUUUUGUUAUUCAACAUUUGAAUAUAUGUGUAUAUAAUUAUAUAUACGGGGGGAAAAAGAUAUAUAAUUAUAUAAUGCCAGAUGGCCUUUCUAAACAAGAUACUGUUCCAAACAAAUAAAGUGCUUGAGAUUUUUUUUUCCUUCU